GCCAGUCCCUCUCUCUCUCUCUCUCUCUCUUUCCCUCCACUUCCUCAAAGUGGCCAGAGCUCCUCUCUCCUCUCUUGUCCUCUUUACAUCCCUCCACCACUCUUUGUCUCCCUCCUCCAGCUGUGAGAGCAAGGCCGCUUGUCUUCUCCUCAAGUCUUAAAGGGGAUCCUCUGGCCCAAACUUCUCCUGAAGACUUUAUUUUCCUUCCUGACCUCUCCUUUUUUUAUUUCGGUCCUUAACCCUUCCCCUCCGGAGAGGCCGGUCGGUGUGCGUCUGGCGUGUGCGCAGCAGCGUGUGCGAGGGCUCUGGUGUCGCGCUCUUUGCCCCUGAAGGGAGUCCCCGAAGGUUGUGACUGAAGUGAAGGAGAGACGUUUUCACCACCAUGAAUGUUCAGCUGCUGCUCCUGUUGGCCCUGGCUGGCCCUUUCUGCGCCCUCACCCAUGCAAGCCCCACAGCUCUCCCUGAAGACCUUGGAGAUGAGGGAGACUUACCUACCGUUACAGAGGGUCCAAAGUUGGACUUAUCUCUCGUCACUGGUGCUCCUGCUGCAACCGAAGCAGCAGAAGUAGCCCAAGACCAGGUCGUAACAGAUGCUGCAGUAGCAGCUGAAAUAGAUGCUGCAACAGCAGCUCCAGGAGAGGCUGCAACAGAGGCGGCGCCCGCUGUAGUCCUUACUGAGGAGCCCGUCGCAGACACAGAAGCGCCUGUCGCCUCUACGGCUGCAGCACCAGAGCAGCUUAUCACCGAGGCUCCUGCGGUGGAGGCCCCUGCCCCCACCGAUGAAGCAGAGGGGGAGGACCCCCCUGUGGUGCCGACGUCAGCCGCCGAAGUAGAGGAGGAGGUGCUCUACGUUGAGGUUGAAGGCCUGUCAUCUGGCCAGGUAGCCGGCAUCGUGAUCGGCGCUCUGUUGGCAGUUGUCAUUCUCAUCGCCGUGGUGAUCGCUGCCGUGAGGAGGAUGGGCAAAUACUCCCCCUGAGGAAAAAGCAGGCCAAGCAGCAGGAGCGUGCAAAGUUCUGGAAAUUCUGAACUACUGAGCCGUGACGCCAUUUCCGACCAUUAAACCGAGCACGACACCAGAACUAAACUAAUCUAACCAGGACUCUGGACUGUUGCCAAAAAAACGAGAGGGGGAAGGGAGGCUUGUGUGUGUUUAUGUAUGUACUGUAUGUAUGUGAGACAAGAGGGGCUACAUGAGCAAACAUCCUCACCUCCCCCCCGCCAACCCCCCAGCUACCUCCCUGACCUCCCCCACACACCCCAACACACAACCCCAAACCCCCCCCCACUGAUAUAAAAGGCUCCAUCUUCCCCUACACCCUCGGAGAGAACAAAACAAGGUGACAGCAGGAUGUCGCCGAGAAUUUUCAGGCCUUUUCAAAUGCAUUGUUGAGAAAAAAAAAAAAAAAAAAGAGGGAGAAAGAACAGUAGGGGAUUAUCUGACACCUGGGGGUAAAAUCUCUCCUUUAAAGAGUGGUUUGGAUUUGCAUGGAUGUUUGAGAGGAAAAAAUACUGACAAACCUUAAGGAAAUUAAGCACACAAAGGACGGUGGGAGCAGGAGAGUCUGCUACAAAUUCCACAGGAUGUAUAUACAAUGCAAGGGGACUACAUAGUAUACAGCUAAUGACUUUCUCACAUGUUGCAUAGGCUAGCAUUUGAUAAUAUGGAAUACACAGUACAUGCAGGCUAUUGUUGUGGCUAACAGACCUUUUUAAAAGCACCCCUGAGCACCAGCAAAAAAAAAAAAAACCCUCACUUUUCUCACGCAGCCAGAAAUCCCGCGUGACGUUUCGGCCGACUGUAUGAAGCACCGUGUGCAGAAGUCGUUUAUUUGACGUGACACCCAUGAGCUCUGAGGGGGGCUCGCGUGAGGCUAACGGGAAUGGGAAAAAAAAGAAAGAAAGAAAGAAAGAAAAGGAAAAAAGGGCACCCUCAUUCGCAAGAGUAACGUGACAUUCUGCCCACUUUAACACUGACAUAUAAAAACCUAAUACAUAUCUGUGAAAUUUAGCAGAAGGGUUUGUGCCACUGUCUCUGGUAUUCUCUAGGUAGUUAGGAGGAUUUAAACUUUUGAAGUGCAUUAUUAAUGUGAAUUGACUGUACUUUUUAACUGCCACCCAUUCCAAAAAAAAAAGAAAACAGCUCUGAUGACUUCUGGCCUGCUCCUUGUAAAGGCUCACGCGCGGCCGGCGGUUAUUAGACAUAGUGAUUGUGUCGACAAUGAAUCCAUAGUACUUCUGUUAAUAGUUACCAGAGCAAGCCAUCCAGUCUUUAAUUUGUGCUAACCCCAGAUUGCGUGCACAGGACGACAUUUUAUAGUUGCACUUGGUUUUAGUGCACAGAGUUAGGCGGCAAUGCCCCCCCCCCCCUUUUUUUGUUUGUUUUUUGCAACUGUAAGUGUGCUAAAUGGGUGUACAAAUAAUGAAGUCUCAGCUUAGCUCCGCUUGCUUUACAAACUCGUUUAAUACGUGCACUGAAUGAGUGAUGUAACGUUUAAUGAAUAGGCUUUAGACACUGCAAAUGUUUGCAACGACAUGUGUUUGUUUCCUCCCUUCUGCUUUGCCACACAUUAUCAGUCUUCUAGGUCUUUAAUUUGUGCCAUCUGAUUUGUUUGAACCAUUUUAAUUUAAUUGCAGUGUUUCUUGUUCAUAUUGUUUCAAUAAAAAACUGAAAAACAC